AUGAAUAAUAGUUUAGAUCAAUCACUACAAUCAGAAUUUUAAGAAUUUAGAUCUUAAUUUUAGCAGCAAGAGAAGGUUAUCAACAACCCUGAAUCUUUAUCGUUUUAAUAUAAGGUUUAGGGCCAAUCACACCAUUCUUCCAUUUAGUUACAGUCAGCAGAAUAAUAAUCCCUUUAGUAAUUGAGUUUAGUUCAUGUUUAAGAAUAAUAACCUGCUGAAAUAUUAGACACAUCACAAUUCGAAACUGAACAGUAUUUGAAUAUAAGUUUUCAAGAUAUUAUUUAGUUGAUUUUUAAUAACCAAUGUCCACAACUAAACAACGCCCUUAAAAUUAUAGUUUUUAGAAGCUACAUACUAGUCAAUCUAUUCACAAUUCUCAAUAUCAUUUUUAUUUUAAAUGAAGUAAUAGCUCUAUAUUUUUCACUAAUUACAAAAGAUCAAAUAAAAGAAUUAUUCAGUGUAUAUUUUGGUUUUAACCUAAUCUCUGAUUGUUUAAUAACAUAUAUCAACUUUUAAUUAAGGUACAUAAUAAAUGAAGCUGAAUAAAUAAAUUAAGGUGAUGCUAGUACUUAGAUUAUCGAAUAUUUAAAAUAUACUAUAAAAAUAAAUAGUCCUUUUGAAGAUAUAGUAGAAGAUGAAGAACAGUUGACAUAAGCAUAAUAAGUUGCUAUAAGUAUUUCUGAAAAGAUUACAACUAUGAAAUGGUUAACUUAUUUAUUAGAGAAUUAGAAUUCUUAAAUGUUUGCCUUAAAUAGAGUUUGUUUGCUGACUAAAAUAAUAUUAUUUGCUUGGGGAAAUAUCACAAUAGUUUAAUGGAUAUUUUUAAAUUGGGAAAACAACAAUAUCAAUAUGAAUUAAUUAGAAUCAAUUUUGAUUGUUUUGACAGUAUUUUCAAUGUUAAUUGGUUAUAUCAUCAUAAUUUUUCUGGUAAGUUUAAUCCUAGUUGUUUGUGCUAUAAUCCCAAUAAUAAUUGGAAUGGCGAUUUGGUAAUCAUGUAAUUGGUGUACAUACCUAUAUAUUGAAUAUAAGCUUCAUAGGAUAGCUUAGCAAAGACAAAGGUUUUUAAAUAAUUUAAACCCAUAAAAAUUCUAGCAACUAAAAGAAUAAGAUGAAAGUAUUCAUGAAGAAUGUUCAAUAUGUUUAUCUACAUAUUAAAUGGAUGAUAAUUGUGUAAAAUUGCCAUGCAAUGUAGAUAGUGGUAAUAGGAAAAUUAAUCAUGUUUUCCAUGAUACUUGCAUUUUAGUAUGGAUUUAAACUUGUGGAUCUUGUCCUAUCUGUAGAACUGUUUUCAUUGAGAGAUAUGAAUAAUGA